GGUUGGUUCGGAGCCUUGGGGCCGCACUCGGGCUCCUUUCUUCCUGGGCAAAGAUGGGGGCUAGCCUCGGGUGCUAACAGGCCUGGCCUGCACCUAAAUCUAGCUACCUUGCUGGGAGCCGUGAAAAAGCCUGUGCCCUGAGCACUGUGAUCAGUCCCACCUCACCCCCUUGUGUGGACACAGCUGGGGCGGAUGAUUCUUCCCUUGACCCAGCAACUGCCAGAGAGGUGUAACAAAGCAUCUGGGUAAAUAUUCUUAGGGAUUAAAGGAGAAGUAGUGACGAGGCAUCUACAAGUAAUGGCCGUGUGAUAAGAAAACCGGUUAGUAAAUGUUCCUGUAUGACAACUUUCCUGUCCAUGAUUCAGUCACAUGGUAACAUGAGUAACGAAUUAAGAGGUAAAGGGUCUGGACGAGGAAGAGGUGGCUUUCAAGGCUGGAGAGGAAGAUGGCGAGGAAGAGGAGAUGGAGGAAGAGACUGGAAAAGAAACACUGGAAAGUCUGAGUCUGCACAACCUCGAUUAAUUCAGUCCACACUGGACCAGAUUACUCCGUAUAAAGGCUGGAAGCUUUAUUUCUCUGAAGCGUUUGAUGACAGCUCUCCUUUUGUCCAGAAGAUUCAAGCAUUUGAAAAGUUUUUUACACGUCACAUUGAACUUUAUGAUAAGGAUGAAAUAGAAAGAAAAGGGAGUAUUCUUGUGGAUUACAAAGAGCUGAUACAAGAUAAAGAGUUAAUUGAAUUGAUACCAAGUAUAUCUACUGAUAUAAGGGAUAUGCCUCAGAAAAUAUUGGACUGCAUGGGUUUGGCAAUACAUCAGGUAUUAACUAAGGACCUGGAAAGGUAUGCAGCUGAACUUCAGGAACAAGAAGGAUUACCAAUUGAUGAAGAACCUAUAAUAAAUGUGCCACAUAUUCAUGCAAGGGUGUACAACUAUGACCCGUUGACUCAACUGAAGAAUGUUCGGGCUAAUUGUUAUGGGAAGUAUGUUGCCCUGCGUGGCACUGUCGUGCGUGUCAGCAACAUUAAGCCUCUAUGCACCAAGAUGGCCUUUAUAUGCAGCACAUGUGGGUAUAUUCAGAGUUUUCCUCUGCCUGAUGGAAAAUAUUCCCUUCCCACAAAGUGUCCUCUGCCUGAGUGCCAUGGACGAUCGUUCGCCGCAGAUAGAAGCUCUCCUUUAACAAUUACGGUGGACUGGCAGUCUAUUAAGGUUCAGGAACUCAUGUCAGAUGAUCAGCGAGAAGCAGGUCGAAUUCCUCGCACAAUAGAAUGUGAGCUGAUUCAGGAUCUCGUAGACAGCUGUGUCCCAGGAGAUAUGGUCACGAUCACAGGAAUUGUUAAGGUGUCAAACACCGAAGAAGGAGCAUCUAGAAACAAAAAUGACAAAUGUAUGUUCCUGUUGUACAUUGAGGCAAACUCCAUCAGCAACGGUAAAGGACAAAAAGUAAUGAAUUCUGAAGAUGGGACUAAUCACCGAGUAUGCAUGGAGUUUUCACUUAAAGAUCUUUAUGCUGUUCAAGAGAUUCAAGCUGAGGAAAAUCUUUUCAAGCUAAUUGUCAACUCACUUUGUCCUACUAUCUAUGGCCAUGAGAUUGUAAAGGCAGGUUUGGCACUGGCAUUGUUUGGAGGAUGCCAAAAAUAUGUGGAUGACAAAAACAGAAUUCCAGUGCGAGGAGACCCUCAUCUUCUGGUGGUUGGAGAUCCUGGAUUAGGAAAGAGUCAAAUGUUGCAAGCAGUUUGCAAUAUUGCUCCUCGCGGUGUGUAUGUUUGUGGCAACACCACCACCACCUCUGGGUUGACUGUGACUCUGUCUAGAGAUAGUACCUCUGGGGAUUUUGCUUUGGAAGCUGGUGCUCUGGUGCUUGGAGAUCAAGGUAUUUGUGGAAUAGAUGAAUUUGAUAAGAUGGGAAGCCAACACCAAGCUUUGCUGGAAGCCAUGGAACAGCAAAGUAUCAGCCUUGCUAAGGCUGGCAUUGUUUGCAGCUUGCCAGCUAGGACAUCUAUCAUUGCUGCAGCAAAUCCAGUUGGGGGACAUUAUAACAAAGCCAAAACGGUCUCUGAGAAUUUAAAAAUGGGGAGUGCCUUAUUGUCCAGGUUUGACUUGGUAUUUAUCCUGCUGGACACUCCGAAUGAAGAUCAUGACCAUUUGCUUUCUGAGCAUGUGAUGGCAAUGCGAGCUGGAAAACGGGCAGUACACAGCAGCGCGGUAGUGACUCGCACCAACACACAGGAUUCAAACACCUCCAUCCUUGAAGCAGUCUCAGCUAAACCAUUAUCAGAAAAAUUAAAGGUCAUGCCUGGAGAAAAUUUUGAUGCCAUUCCACACCAGCUAUUGAGGAAGUAUGUGGGAUAUGCUCGGCAGUAUGUCCACCCCAAGUUAUCUCCAGAAGCUGCUCAGGUCCUCCAGGAAUUCUAUCUUGAGCUCCGGAAACAGAACCAAGGGGUGGACAGCGCACCUAUCACCACAAGGCAACUGGAGUCGCUCAUUCGGCUUACAGAGGCACGAUCAAGGCUGGAAUUAAGGGAAAAAUCAACCAAAGAAGAUGCUAAGGAUGUAAUUGAAAUAAUGAAAUACAGCAUGCUAGGAACUUACUCUGAUGAGUUUGGGAAACUGGACUUUGAGCGUUCACAGCAUGGUUCUGGGAUGAGCAAUAGGUCACAAGCAAAGAGAUUUGUUUCUGCCCUCAACGAUAUUGCAGAAAGAACCUACAACAAUCUCUUUGCAUUUCAACAGCUUCGGCAGAUUGCAAAGGAGCUACAAAUAAAAGUAUCUGAUUUUGAAAGCUUUGUUGGCUCUUUAAAUGACCAGGGUUAUCUUUUGAAAAAAGGUCCAAGAGUUUAUCAGCUUCAAACUAUGUGAAGGAACCACCACAAUGAAAGCAAAUGUUCUUGAGGCACAGUAAUCAUAUUUGAAAUGGAAUAACUGGUGGACAUGUUGCACUAGGAGUCCAUUACCAUAUAACCUGCAGUCUACUAUGGAUAUUCCUAAAUAAAUGUUACAGAUGUCCGAAGCUUCUAUUAGCUGAGACAUGACACUCCCAGAAGAACUGCCCUUUUAAAAGCAAUACUUUCAGGAAUGAGGGACACUACCAUAUUUACUUCCAGAAGUGUUCUCAGAGAAGAUGAUAUUUCAUGCUGCCAUUUGGAAGUACUGUAGUUCAAAUAAGAGUUAUUUGAGAUGAGGCUCUCCAUCAUCAAAGAUAAUAGCAAGAGGAGAAUGGGUAUUUACAUUCAUCCUAUCAAAAGACAAUCAUAGAUUUUACUUUCAGUUCAAAUAACUCAAGAUGCCUGGUGUUACUUAAAAAUGAAUAGAAAUGUUACAGAAAGUAUUUUCUCAAUCAGAAAUGGUAAUAUUGAAAAGAUUUGAGAGUAACCCAGAUUUUAGUAGUGUAAUGAAAUCAAUUAAAUAGCUUUAGCACUAUUUUGAAAUGUGUUCAAGAAAUUGGUAGUUUUCAUGCUGAGGCUCCAUGCAGUGUAUAGUUUUAAGGAACGUGGUAGUUAACUGAAAGAAAUUAAUUUCUUUAUUUAAAGUUUCACUUUUGCAGCUUACUAUUUUAAAGAGCUAUAUACAGUACUUGAGAUUUUAUUUAAAAUGUCAGUAUGAAAAAAUCAAACUUUAGUUGUGCAUAUUAAAGAUAGAAGUGAAAUAGAAUGCAUUUAAUAUACAUUAAAAUCUAUAUUAAAGACAAAUUUGGGAUUCAGUCAACAAGUGACAUUAAAUACUUAAUAGCAUGGAAAUUUAAAGCAAUUUUGUCAUAAAAUAUAAUAUACAUUUUGUGCAUUAAUUUGUAGUAUUCCUGAUGUAUGUUAAACUGACUUAAACAAGGACAUCCCACAAAAGGGAGGUAAUAUAUGUAUAUAUAAGAUCUGCUGCUUUGAUGCCUGCUAAUCCAGUUUUUUUCCUAAAGUAAUUCCUCUUCCCAUAAUACAAAUGCAAGAUGGGGAACAUGUCUGAAAUGUUACAUAUUGAGGUCACUACGAAGAUGAUUAAGAUUUUAUCAGAAAGAUGUGAAUAUGAAGGCUUUCUGUUUUAAGACUUUGUUUCUGAUCUUUUCCAUCUUUGUUUUGAGGCAGAUUAUUACUUAUUUAAGAGGAAGCAUUGGUUUUUAAACAAAUUCAAUAAACUUUCCUCAACUUAUGUUUAAAGAAAAGUCUUGUGCCUCUGAAGUUUUGUGCCUUGAGAUGAAAUCCCAGUUUGAAAGAAAGAUUUAGGAUCCCCUCACCAGCAAACAGCUUAAAGCCCCAAUCCUGCAAAGGGACCCAGCUGAGCAGUUCCUUUACUACCAUGGGAAAUGAAUGCAAUUAUUUGUAGGUGUAAGGACUGUCCAUUAAGAACCCUUCUUAGGAUCAUGACCUAACAUCAAAAAGACAAAUGAGGGGUAAUUUUAAGUUAAAGCUCUUCAUUUAAAAAACAAAAUACCAACAUGUUUUUAUGACAUUUUAUUUGCUUGAAUCUAAAACUAGAAAUCCUGAUUGUUCUGAUUUUCUAUUUAUUGUGUAUGGCAGUUCCCUAGUACUAAAGAAUCCUUGUGCAGCAUGGCUACUGCAUUGACUAUCUAGUUCAAGAUUUGACUGAAGCCAUAUUUAAUCUUCAGUUACCAAAUACCUUAAAUAUUUUCUGGGUCUGUAUAAUGAAUCAGCUCAAAAAACUGCAAAAUUCUCUUUUCCAGUUUUCCAUACUGUGCUUUUUGUUUUGUUUUUUAUUUUUAGAGAUGCUACUUAUUGCUGUAGCAGCUAACCUAAAUGUACUGUAACUCUUCUGUAGCCUACCCUAUGAGCGAAUUGUCCCUACUGUAAUUCAGAAACCGAUUUUAUCAAAUGUGGAAUAGUUAACGAAGGGACAAAAACAGUAACCAUGAGUUCAUUAAAGGUUUGAUCUAAAGCCCCCUGCCGUCACCAGCCAGUAUAAUUGACAUCACUUAGAUUUGGAUUGCAUUCUUGUAAUUUUUCUUGGGCCCCUAGAACCCAGGCUUUUCCCCAUGAAAAGGCUAGUGUGGCACUUAAAGGUUUUUUUUUUUUUUUAACAUCGUAAGUUACUCCCCAUUGCUUCACUAUCAAAGCCCUUGCAUGUACCGGACCCCAUAUACCGCCUUGAAGAGUGAGACACCUCUGUUUGCAUGUUUUUGUCUUAAAAAGUAACAGCAGGGCCCUGAUAGGUAUAUUCACUCUUUAAGGGUGUCAUAAAUAUAAAGGGAAGGGUAAACCCCUUUGAAAUCCCUCCUGGCCAGGGGAAAGCUCCUCUCACCUGUAAAGGGUUAAGAAGCUAAAGGUAACCUCGCUGGCACCUGACCAAAAUGACCAAUGAGGAGACAAGAUACUUUCAAAGGCUGGGAGGAGGGAGAGAAACAAAGGGUCUGUGUCUGUCUGUAAUGACAGGUUUCAGAGGAACAGCCGUGUUAGUCUGUAUUCGCAAAAAGAAAAGGA